CUUUUUCUCCUCCGCUCUUUUAUCAAUACAAGAUGCCACAAUUUGCUUGUUCUCUUUGGAUUGCUUUUUAGUCUUGUCAAUUAAGAUCGUGUUGUACCCUCACACUCACUCUUAAACUACCUAGGUAGAUAUUUAAAUUAAUCAUUCCCCGUUCGAGGCUCAAUCGCUGCCGACGCGUACGAACGCAAUCAAUAAUUGCCCCAUCUAGCCAACAGCCAGAUAUACAGAUAUACCGAUUCAGCACCGACCAACAUUGAUCAUCACCGCCAAGGUAUUCGACUGGCUCGACUCGUUAGAGAUCGCCGGUUAACACGCUUAUUCACAUUUAUGCACUAAUAAUCCCAUACACAUGCGAUAAAAGUUGGAAAUCGAAGAGAGUCUUCGAGACUCUAAACAUCGUCACUGCUAGCUACAUAGGCAAACAGAUACCCCGAAUUAAUUGGACUAUUGGACGACAUCAUGGCAUCCUCCUACGCCCUACCGCAACCUCCUUUGCCGCAUAACCAUGGCCAUUCUCACUCCCACUCUCAUCCUCAUUCUCCCUCGUCUUUCAGCCACUCGAGAUCAACUCGUUCCUUGCAGGCCUACCCUCAGGGCCAAGGCCUUAGAGCCGACUUCAACCAUAGCCAUGAUCAUGACCAUGACCAUGACCAUGGCCACGAACACGAACACGGCCACAACCAUGAUCAUGAUCAUAGUCACGACCAUAUCGACCCUGAUGCUCAGGUACAUGCCCGGCAGAAUAUGACACAGUAUCGAGCAAACUCUUUCGUGCCACUACAAAGACGAGAAAACCGACCGUCACCUCUGAGACCGAAUACUGAAGAACUGCCUAAUCCGGAGAAAAAUGACAUGAUGGACGCGCCAAAGACCCCGAGCUAUAGAGCACCUACUGCCACUGUCAUACACGACCAUGCCCAUGGCGGUCAUGAAGCAACUUACUCAAAAUUUACGGCUUUAUUGCUUCCCUUUACCUCGAAGUGGCCCUUGAUCCACGCCAUCAUGACAGAAAAAGAUUCGCGCCGAAUUUUCUAUUUUAUGGGAGUUAACUUCACGUUUAUGGGCGUCCAGGCCGUUUAUGGGUAUCUGACCGACUCUCUGGGGCUUCUCAGUGACAGCAUACACAUGUUUUUCGACUGUGUGGCUUUAGCGGUAGGACUUUUUGCGUCGGUUAUGAGUAAAUGGCCGCCUAGCGAGAGGUUUCCUUACGGUUUCGGAAAGAUCGAGACACUGAGUGGGUUUGCAAACGGAGUCUUUUUGAUACUCAUCAGUCUCGAAAUCAUGUUCGAAGGAUUUGAGAGACUACUAGAGGGCCGAGAAACCAAGAGACUUCGAGAGCUCUUCAUUGUUAGUACCUUGGGACUGGUGGUUAAUCUGUUAGGCAUCUUUGCCUUCGGUUCUCACGGUCAUAGUCAUGGCCAUUCGCACGACCAUGGUCAUUCUCAUGGUCAUAGCCAUAGCCACAGUCAUGGCAAAGAUCAUGAUCACGACUGUAAAUCACACCACGAGCAUGAUAACGGCCAUAACCACAACCACAGUCAUAGUCACGGUCAUGGACAUGCUCAUUCUCAUAGCCACGAGAACGAAAAUAUGCACGGAAUCUAUUUGCAUAUUCUCGCAGACACUCUUGGAAGUGCCUCGGUGAUCAUAUCGACAGUUUUGACCUACCUUGUUCCAUGGUCUGGUUGGGAUCCUCUAGCGUCCUUCUUAAUUGCGUACUUAAUCCUCAUCACGGCGAUACCCUUGGUAAAAUCAUCAGCUCAGCGCUUACUGCUGACAAUCCCAGCGGAUACUGAGUACAAUCUUCGAAAUGCGCUGUCUGAGAUCACAAGUCAGCGAGGCGUUGCCUCGUAUUCUGUACCGAAAUUCUGGGUGGAUGACGGGGCAAGCAGCGAGUCGGGAGGUAGGCUCUUGGGGGUGAUUCACGUGGCCGCAGUUCGAGGUGCGGACUUGGAGGAUGUUCGAGAUAGGGUUCAGAGCUACCUUGGCAAACACGGGAUCGACCUCACGAUACAGAUGGAGAGAGAGGGGGACGCGACAUGUUGGUGCGGGAUGGGUCGGGUCAACGCUAUAACAUCUAAGGGGCUAGGCGGGUAUUGAGGCGCUGUAAUGAUUGGUACUAGGGGCGUUCUAUCUUGCUUGAGCUACCCACGGACUGGGGUAGAUGCGGAGUAUUGUGGGUAAGCUUGUUGUUCCCUUUCCCCGGAGUUGCGCAUUGCGGCGUUCGACGAUCGGUGAUAUCUUUUUGUUGGACAGCGCGGGUGUGAUUGGAGAGACUUUAAAGUCGAUAAGGAGAUCGAAAAUAAAAGCGGAAUAGAGGGAAAUAAGGAAUGAGUAUACCCGUUACCCCAUUAUAUGUUCAUCUUGACGCUUCUCUGGGUGUUCUGUAUAUACUUUCCGGAUAGUGAACGUCUAUAUUAUAUUUCUGAACAAUUUACACGUGCAUUUAUUGCAGGCCUAUUUCUGCAGCGCUUUGGCAUAUGAUUAUGACGUAUCGUCUUAGGUACGUACUGCACGGAGCAUGGUCGGGUCAGGAACGACGGCUUCUACCGGCACCUAAUUUGGCGGGCCGAGCUAUUAAUGGUCCUUGUUCUGGGUUUGGUAACACAUAUGUAAAGACACAUAUAUAUGUAAA